GACACUUGAGUAGGAAGAGCAGCAGGACCGAGAGGGGGUGUGGCCGAGCGGGCAAGAAGGAACCGGCUCGCGGGAUUCUGUGCUGGGCUGCAAGCGGGUGCAGGGGGUUUGUGGCCAAGAUGUGGGCAGAGCUGAUUGUGUGCGUGGUGCUAAGUGGGAGAGCCUUUUCUCUUCAGUGCCCUGAUGGAAGCCAUUGUGGGGAAUCUUCUGCUUGUUGCCAGCUCCCGGGAGGGAAGUAUGCCUGCUGUGACCCACCUCAGUUUGUGGGAACUUCCCUGCGCAUGUUGUCCCCAGAGAGUGUGAAUGAGAUCUCUGGUGUUGAGUGUCCUGACGGUAGCCCGUGCCCGCUGGAAUACUCCUGUUUGCUGACUGUAGACGCAGCCUUUGCCUGUUGCCCCUGGAAGGAGGCCAUCUCCUGCGCAGACGGACACCAUUGUUGCCCACUGGGCUCCCACUGCAGUGCUGACGGUCGAUCCUGCCUACAAAGCGAGGUUUCGACACCUGCCAUAGUCAGUGCCGUUCAAUGCCCGGACCACGAAUCAGAGUGCCCCAAUGAUUCCACUUGUUGUAUGAUGCCCGAUGGAACCUGGGGCUGCUGCCCUAUGCCAGAGGCAUUCUGUUGUUCGGACAAGAUCCACUGCUGCCCUCAUGACACGACUUGUGAUCUGGAGCAUGAGCGGUGCUCUUCUGCCUCUGGGGAGCAACCUCUUGGGAAGAAGUUUCCCGCAAAGAAACGAGCCCAGGCAUUAAGUUUGGCUCAGAAAAAUAUCUGCCCAGGUAAUCACUCUACCUGUCCUGAUCUUGCAACUUGCUGUCUCUUCCCAACUGGCCAGUAUGGCUGCUGCCCCUUACAAAACGCAGUGUGUUGUGAUGAUCACCUUCACUGCUGCCCACAGGGCACCACAUGCGAUCUGUCACAUUCUAAAUGCACCAUGACCUCUCGCUGGUCAUGGCCCAUCACCCGUCUCUCUGUGGACCUCCAAACAGCUCGUGAUGUCGUUUGUGAUCCAGAACACGCCUGCCCAGAUGGAAACACUUGCUGCAGGACAGUCUCUGGCAAAUGGGGGUGCUGCCCACUAGAAGAGGCUGUGUGCUGCGCAGAUCACAUCCACUGCUGCCCCAAGGGCUACCAGUGCAACGUGGAAAUGGGCACCUGUGAGACAGAAGAGAACCGAAGUGUCCCAUGGCUGCUGAAGACAGACGCAAGAUCCACAGCCUCCUCUUCUGGCAUGGCGGUGCCAUGUGAUCAUCAGACGACUUGCCCAGAUGGACAAACCUGCUGCCGCCUGGUGUCAGGGGCCUGGGGCUGCUGCCCAGUGCCACAGGCUGUUUGCUGCCCAGAUCAUGUCCACUGCUGCCCCAGCGGCUACCGUUGUGACCCAUCACAGGGCAGUUGCCUCAAGAGUGGAAACAGUGUCCCUUGGCUGGAGAAGAAGCCAGCUAUUGUUGCCGUCGCCUCUUCGAGCAGAGACACGAAAUGCGAUGAUAAGACAAGCUGUGCGGAUGGACAGACCUGCUGCCGGCUAGUGACAGGAGUGUGGGCCUGUUGCCCCUUCCCACAGGCAGUCUGCUGCAAGGACCACGUGCAUUGCUGCCCUAACGGCUACAGCUGCAACGUCCAGCGCAGCGCCUGUGUGAAGAGUUCGGCCUCUUCACAGCUGAUCUCGCUGGCUCCCGUUCAGGCAAGGCAGGUUGAGGAUGUGAAGUGCGAUGACAAAACCAGCUGCAAAGAUGGGCAGACCUGUUGCCAACUGGCCUCGGGCGAAUGGGGGUGCUGCCCUUUCCCACAGGCUGUCUGUUGUGCAGACCGUGUGCAUUGCUGCCCCAACGGCUACACCUGUGAUCCAUCCUCAGGCACCUGCCAGGAGUCAUCGCACUCCCUCCCUUGGGCACCUAAACAUCCUGCCCGUAUGACUCAGAUCCGUGGCAUCCGCUGCAAUGAUACGGUCAGUUGCGAGGAAGAGCAGACCUGCUGCAAGGGGGUGUCGGGUGCUUGGAGCUGCUGCCAGCUGCCCAACGCUGUUUGCUGUGAUGAUCACCAGCACUGCUGCCCCUCGGGCUACACCUGCAAUGUGGCAGCCCAGACUUGUGAGAAGCAGCAAGAGGCUGGGGACCUCGCUUCGGGCGGUCUUUUGAUGGCUUCACGUCUUUCCACAUCCAGCCGGGAUGUGUCCUGUGGUGAUCAGCACUACUGUCGCGAUGGCCAGACCUGCUGUGAGGCUAGCUCGGGUGGGUGGGCCUGUUGCCCCUACGACAAGGGAUCCUGCUGUACCGACCGGCGCCACUGCUGCCCAGCUGGCUUCCGUUGCUCCCGUUCUGGCUUUGAGUGCUACAAGAAGUGGCCUCCUCGUUGGGACGCGGGUGCCUUCUCCCCUCGCUCUGCCCCCUCGCGCCCAUUGCUCUGAAGUGCCUUCUGGGGUGGAUGUGCCCCCUUCUCGGGUAGGGGUUGGAGUAACCAGCACUGCUUUUUUCAAGGAGUGGAGGGCACUUCCGUCAAACGGCUGUUCUGAGCCUUGGGAAACGGCUGUUUUCCCACACUUGGCAUUCAUGCGGAUGGAAGAGGCUCCUUUCUUUUCCUGCUUUCAAAUGUAGCCCCAAAGAACAAGCCCCCUGUCCUGUUUCCAGGCCGUCUCCGAGGUCCCUAGUUCACUGCCAUGCCCAGAAUCCCCGUGGCUACAGCAUGGACUCUGGAAGUGCUGCCCUCUUUAGCUUUUCCUAAAAGCUGUGGGUUGUCUUUUUUCUUCUUCUGCCUCUUCUGUUGCACACCGUCUUUAAGAAAAUAUUGUUUUGUUUAAUUUUUUUUACAUGUUCUUUUCCUUAAAAAAAGAUGACGAGGGGAAUUUAUUUUUUCCUGACACUGGCUUGGCAGGGUUUGAGGGGUUUUGUUGUUGUUUUAGUUCUUCUCGGGGCACCCUUUGCCCUCCCUGCCCUAGAGGCGCAUUGUCCCUCCAUAGCCUGUGGAUGGCAUCACUUCUGUUUUGCCACUGUCCAUCCCUUCUGUCAAAGUCACCGUGCUUGUGAAAGAACAAACUCCGCUCUGAGGUGAUACUUUUAUAGCCAACUGAAAAUAAGCAUUGCCUCAAUAGAGAAUUUGUGCUGUGCCAACCCAGCCAGUGCUACCUUUGUUUGGAAAAUUCCAGAGAUCAAUGGAACUCAAGCAUCCUGAACUACUGGGAACUGAGAGUGGCUACAGAAGCAUUCCUUCCCUGCAGCUCCUACCUGAGAUUUUGUAGCAUUUCCCAGUGGCCUUUUCGUGCACCCUCCAUCCAUUUUCUAUGAGGCCUGGCACUCCUGCAAGGAGGUGUUCAGUUCGGUGCUGGGAUAAGACGGGGACAAACGUGUGUGCCUGGUUUUCUGUCACCCUAGGCUUGGAUUUUGCCACCAGAGGCAGUCUGUUGCCUCUUACAACCUGCAAUGCAGGUACUGUGGUACCCUGUAUCUCGCACUGUGGUACCCUGCAUCUCCCCUGCAAGAGGAGGCAGAACUGGUUCGUACUCUCGCCUUUCACACAAUCUGAGAACCUCCAUGUAUGGAGGACAGAAGAUGAUUUUUUUUUUGUUAUUGUCAUUGUUGGCAAAUUUUGAUUGAACAUGCAAGAGUGGAAUAUUCUAAUAAAUGGGCUGAUUUAAACGUU